UUUUUAGGCCGUAUUCUUCGUAGGGUAACUUCCUAUUAAGCACAGUAUAAUACCAAAAGAUUAUUUACAGUCCAUGUAUUAGGACAUUUAUGUUUGUAUUAUGAGACGAGGGUGUUAAUAAAGAAUGUUGUAGGAGUUUGGUUGGUUCUAGAAAUGAAAGUUGUAGCUGUAAUAACUCUGCUAGUGGUCAUUGCAUCAGUAUCAUACCAACAGACGGCGAAGCCUUCAAAAGAGGCUUCUAGAGAAUUGCUUAAAACAGUGUUAAAAGAAAAAUCUAUGAAGUUGCUGGAAGAUUUCCACAAGGACUACAAGCAUAUUGGAGCUGAAGAAUUUGAACUAAUUGGUGAUGAAAUAGCAGAAACUUUUGAGUUCAAAGAAGCACUGAGCACCAUAGUAAAAAAAGAUGAGGUUGAAAGUGAAAAAACUCCAAGGUGUUUAGGCCUACCUUUUUUCUUUUUGACAAAAUAACCUUGCAACAUAUUGCAUUCCAUCACAUAGAAACUGUAUGUGAGCUUUUGUCGCAAUAAAGCCAUAAUGAUUUCUUCACCAGAUUAUAAUAUACAUUAACUUUUUAUUUUGUUAAAAUCUUGCUUAUGCAAACAUUCUUUCCAAGCAAAGCCAACGUUUCGUUCACGAUUUUUUUAUUAAUUAUUACAUUACCUUUUCAAAAUUAAUCGUCUAAUAUCAAGAUUAAUCAGAAUCCUGUUUGUUUUAGAGAUGCACUUUGAUCCGACCUGAUAGACGCAGUUUGUGUGACUUUUUUUAUUGGCCCGUGAUUGCCAAUUUUGUUUUAAGCAUACUUUUUUCCAUUAAACAAUAAAACAUUUACAAAAAACAAUUUGCGUAAAAAUGAUGGUAACAUUUUUAAUUUACCUCAAUUGGAAUGUAUAGUUAUUUUAUUUGCAAUAAUCCAUUGCUUACAUCUAGCAUGAAUGGGUACAGAAUUAAAUUCUGAUCAUAUUCAACUAUAAUAAACUAUUACGUAUGAAACA